UACAACAGAUCUCUCUUUAAAUGGCCCACCAAUGGUUAUAUAAACUUGGUUUCUACUAUAAAUGUUAUUCAAAAGGUGUUUACAUUGAUGGUCACAAAUGACCAGAUGUGGUUGCCUAUCGCCAAGUCUUCCUUUAGAAAGUUAGUGAAUAUGAACAGCUUAUGUCCAAAUGAAAAGAAGCAACCAUUAAGGAAGAAAGGAAUAGGUCUUGAUAUACAUGUUAGUGAUUUUUUAAUGAAAAUGAUCAGACCACUUAGGGAUGAUCUUGAAGAGGCACAUGCAAUGAUGAUAUUAGGGUCACAUCAUGAUGGGUAUUGUGAUGCAAAAAAGCUUAUUAUUCAAGUUAGACAGGCAAUAGAUAUUUUUGAAAGAACACAUCCAGGAUGUGUAGGUCUUUUUGCUUUCGACAAUGCCACUGCUUAUACAGCUUUUGCUGAGAAUGCCCUUUUGUCUUCAAAAAUAAACCUUUUUCCAAGUGGAUCAGUUUCGAAAAUGCAGGAUACUUAUGGAAUGAAAACCAUCAAUCAAUGCCAAAAGGGCUCAACUAAUCAACCUGAUUUUCUUGCACAAUGCAGUCAAGUUCAGCAAAAAAUCGAAUCUCGUGAUUAUAAAAUGGAUGCUUAUCGACAUGGCUUGAUGGGAAAAGCUGCUGAAUAUGCAGUGAGAAGACAUAAGAAGCAUCGAACAAUAAAUGAAAACAUCAUGAACCAUGUUGAUGCAAUUUAA